AUGCUGAAGCUGCUGGUGUUGCCUCUCCUGUGUGGCCUGGUGCACACUGCCCCGGGCCCAGCCCUGCCACGAGUGGGCAUCGUAGGGGGUCAAGAGGCUCCUAAGAACAAGUGGCCCUGGCAGGUGAGCCUGAGAAUCCACUUCAAGUUCUGGAUGCAUUUUUGCGGGGGCUCCCUCAUCCACCCACAGUGGGUACUGACGGCGGCGCACUGCGUGGGACCGGACAUCCCAAAUCCUGAGAACUUCCGGGUGCAGCUUCGCGAGCAGCAUCUUUACUAUGGAGACCGCUUGCUGACUUUGAGCAGGAUCAUCGCGCACCCCAACUACUACACUGCCCAGAACGGGGCAGACAUCGCCCUGUUGGAACUUGAGGAGGCUGUGAACAUCUCAGGCCUCAUCCACCCCGCCUCCCUGCCCCCCGCCUCGGAGACCUUCUCCCCAGGGACACCAUGCUGGGUGACAGGCUGGGGUGACGUGAACAAUGACGAGCCACUCCCGCCGCCAUACCCCUUAAAGCAAGUGAAGGUGCCCAUUGUGGACAAUAGGCUUUGUGACUUGAAGUACCAUAGUGGCGUCUACACAGGUGACAAUGUUCCCAUUGUCCGUGAUGACAUGCUGUGUGCUGGAAAUACCAGGGGGGACUCCUGCCAGGGCGACUCUGGAGGACCGCUGGUCUGCAAAGUGAAUGGCACCUGGCUGCAGGCAGGUGUGGUCAGCUGGGGCGAAGGUUGUGCGCAGCCCAACCGGCCUGGCAUCUACACCCGCGUCACCCACUACUUGGAUUGGAUCUAUCGCUAUGUCCCUAAGGACUCCUGAACAUCUCUAGUGUCAGGGGAGAUCCAGCCUCCUACUGUCCCACACAUACUGCAUCCUGCCAAGGUGGCUCCAGCCUUCCUUAUCUCCCUGCUUCCGAACCCCACCUCAGUGCCUGACCACUCGUCCAACUUCCCAGCCCAGGUAGCAUUCACCCUCCGCUGUUGUUCAUUAAAGUUCAUGAGAAGUA